GCCCCAGCUCCGCGGGCUCCGCGCACCAUGGGCGAGACGGAGCCGCCACCAUGACCGCCGGGCCGCCGCCGCUCCCUGCCACCCCCCCCCCGCGGACCAUGUCCCAUGCCUUUUUUAGAUCUAUCUUUCGGGUUCUGCCACUUCUCCUUGUUCUGUCGCCAGUGAAUUCAUCUAGCUGUACAAUGGGAAAUAAAACAACUGAAAUCCGUGUCAAAUAUGAGAACAUACUCAGCCAUGACAUCGAAGAGCUGGUAAAUAUGUCUGCAGAGUAUCGUGACAGAUGCUGCAAGAAUAAAAGACACGAACAUAACAAAGUGUUCUUCUGCAAUGAUACUCAGGAAAUAGGAUCACUACAGAGUAUGGCAUGUAAUAUGCUCAGAUUCUUUAAUAAGCAAAAAAUCAACAAAGAAUUUAGAAGGAAAGCAGCAUUAGUCUCAUGUGGGACGUUACAGGUUCUACAGUGCAAAUGUGAAAGACAUAAAAAGGAAAAGGUUUGCACGCAGGUAAAUGCACCUAAUAACGAAGAUACAGAGACAGUUGAACAACCAAAAAAGAAAUGCAACCAAGAAUUUUGCGAACUGAAAGAAAAUAUAUCUAGCCUUCGAUCUUGCUGGAAUAAAUUUGAAAAAAUAAUUUCAAGGUGAUUACAAGUGAAUCCUUUUCUUUCAAAGUGGCAUUACUUGGUACCUUGGCAUUUUAUAUGCAUUCUUCAAGUUACUCUGUUUCUUUAUACGAACACCUUGUGCCGGAUUUGGAUGGAAAGCUACUGUACUUUGUUUCUAGAGAUGGAAUAAAUAGAAACGGCUAAACCAAGCUACUGAAGCCCAAGAAGGGGAAAUAAGAACCGGUGUUUGAAACAAAGAACUCCAGAGAAGGCUGUGUCCCACCUUCAGGUUCUAGAAAGUACUCUGUAUUUUUUGAUCUUUUGAGUGACUUCAUAAUACCUUCAUAUGGCAGAGAUCUACUUAAAUGUCUACUGCAAUUUAGAAAAAAAUAGAAGCUGCAGGCCCCCAGACCAGCUGUCUUCUAUCAGAAUGAAUGAUUUAUCAAACAAGCAGCAGCUCUUGAGUCUGCUCUGCUGAUGUCAUAAUGUUUUUAGUGUGAGUAUCCAAUGGGUUUUCAAACUGAUUUAAGUUUGAAAAGUAGGAAAAGUUAGCUUUUUCAAAAGCCUUUGAAAGGUGCUGAUUUUUGAGAGAUGUAGCAUGCUUCUGCUGGCUGAGGCCGAGAAAAGACAGUGAGGCAUAUGGCAGAUGAGGAAAUGGGAUGCCCAAAUGUAGGUCUGCUCAGCUGACCGCAAACAAUAGCCUUAUGUGUUUGGUUAUCCUAGAGGUAGUUGACAGAGGACCUAGAAUUUCUUACCUUUGGAUCGUGAUUUCUUAUAUGCAAUUAUUUUAUAUAAUGUGUUUAACAUGUUAGAUGACCAUGACUUAAAAUGUGUGAAUAUUUUCAGAGAAUAAUAUAUUGGCAUUUAACUAAUGAAGUGUUCAUAUUUAAUUUUGGAUAAAUAGAGGUAUUUUUAUAGUUGUUUUUAACUCUUUUGCAUUUUCUUACUUUGAUAUAAUUCCUUUGGUAAUAAAAUAUUUGCCUUCUAUGGAA